AUGAAAGUAGAGAUGACGUGCGACUGGGGGCAAGGAGACCUACGGGUAGGAGGAUGGGAAGGUCCAAUGUGGGACAAAGCGCAGGAGCAGGAGGAAGCAGAUAGUGGGAGCAAGGAAGUGGGGACAUGGGAGUGCCGGCCUGCGGGGGAAGAGGUAGGGCAUACAAUGGGAGUUGCGAUGAGUCAGGAAGGAAAAGAGGCCGUGAAGACAGUAAGGUGGAGUACGCGAGGAAUAUGGGCAGAUGAGCUGAUGCAGCCAGCAACACAGGUGCUGCCAGGACCAGCGGGAAUGAAAGGGGCUGAGAACAGGGUGGCAUGGGAGGGAGACAAGGCAGCAGAAUACCUGGAGGAGGAGAACACAGCAGCGGCGGAGGGCCUUGCGUGUGGUGCGGACGAGGCUGCACAGAAGACCGACCCCGUCUGCACUGCCUUCUGUGGCGUCAACAGCACUGCCUCCCCUCCUGUUCCCGCCUGCAACGGCCAUGGCGUGUGCUUCUUGGAUGGCCCCAGCAACACGCCCACAUGCCUCUGUGACGAUAACUUCGUGGUUGGGGAAUAUACCGGCAGCUACGUGCCUGUGGCAUGUGGUAAGACAGAGCAGGAUUUGACGCCCACAGGAGCCAUGCUUACAGCCACUGGCGACGCCUCAGUGAGUGCAGCCACGCUCACUCUCACGCCUUCCAAGCCGUCCAAACAAGGAGGUGUGUUCCUGGCAGCGCGCGUGCCGCUCUUCUCCUACCAGCUCAUCGGGGACACCUGCGGCCGCCAGCUCGCCUUCUCCUCCUCCUUCUCCUUCACUCUCACCCGCCCUGCUGCCUCCGGCUCCGAAGGCUUUGCCUUUGUGGUGGCCUUUGAUGCCACCCCGCUCACAACACCGGUGGCGGGCGGCAUGGGGUAUGCGGGGAUGGGAGCGCGCAGCGUGGCAGUGGAGCUUGACACGUCGAUGGAUGUGGGCAACAGCGACCCUGACAGCAACCACGUGGGCAUCAACACCGGCGGCAAUGCCACGUCCGUAGUCACAGCCAAGCCUAGCACCCCUCUCAAUGACGGCACGCCCAAGCACGUGUGGAUCGACUACGACCCUUCCUCCACUGGCUCCCUGCGCGUCUUCCUCUCCUCCCAGGCGUCCCCACGCCCCACCACCCCCCUCCUGUCGGCACGCAUCUCCCUGUGUGAGGAGCUCGCCCCCUCCCCAUCGGAGUACACCUUUGCCAUCGGCUUCACUGCUGCCUCAGGCACACAGGCUCAAAGCCAUGUCGUCUCCGCCUGGACCCUCUCAACGCAUUUUCCUGUCCAGCCAAUUCCAGAUGCAUCGCUGGGUUUUACCUUCAGUGAGGCGGCGCUCUCUCUAUCAGGGAUGAAUCUCUUCUUCCGCUAUGCCAGCUCGGGCAGUGUUGCUACUCAGACUGGCAAUGACGUGUAUGGAGUGCACCCUGCAGCUUCAUGGUUCCGUCCAAACUUCACGUGGCCUGUCAGGACUCAAACCACUUGCGGCGACUGCUGGGCAUAUGCAGUGGUCGGCAGCGUCGAGGCAGCAUACAACAUUCUCUCCAACGCCUCUUCCGCGCCGGUGCUGUCAGUGGAGCAGCUGAAGGCCGCCAUGAAGGUCGGCUGCUCUGGCAGCACGCCCUCUCAGGCCUUCCAACUGCUGCUCAAGCUGGCUCGAAAAGGAGGAGGGCUCGUGUUGGAGAGCCAGGGGCCGGCCGAGAAAGGCAAGAAGGCCGUGAAGGCAAGCAGCAGCGGUCCACUUUGCUCUCCGUUGCUGAAGCCACUGGCAAAGCUGCUCGGUGUGUCGUGCGGGAAUGGUUCUGCUAAUCCACAUUGUCCAUACCCCAUGCGUCAAUCAUCGUUUACACCUGUCCUUCCCAUCCCCCAGCAGCUCCCAGGUGGCUUCCCCAUCAAGGGCUUUGAGUCGACGUCCUUCUAUGGCUGGUUUGGGCUGCUUCUGGCCGUGCAGCGGCAGCCAGUGGUGGUGCACAUUGAGGCUUCCGCCGACACGUUCAAGAACUACGAUGGGGUGAGACGGGGAGUGCGGGUGCGUUUGCGAUCAUUGCCUGGAUCCCGAUUGCUUCACGUACAACCUGAACCACGUGGUGCUGCUGGUGGGUUACCGCCUGGUGGGCAAGGACUCGCGCUUCCCCCUCCGCCUUUUUGGAUUAUUCGCAACUCAUGGGGGCCUGAGUGGGGCAAUGGGGACCACAUGCGCAUGGACAUCCAGGGAGGGGAUGGCGUGUGCGGCAUCAACUCGCUGCCAGGCCUCUACCCCGUGGUCAGAGCUCCUAGUGACCCCUGCAACAAGGCUGCUCGUAAUGAUAGCUUUGGUUCGUUCUUCAAUCCCUGCGGGAAGUUCAACCGCACUGUGAAGGGCAAGACAAACGAGUGUAACUGCAAUGACCCGCGCUUCAUCCAAGCAAGCAACGCCGAUGGCUCUCGCACAUGUGCCUACAAGGAUGCAUGCAAGGCAGCCCAGCGCAAUCCGUGUGCGGUGGGGCAGUGUGUGAAUGACGGGGUGGGGUCGUACUCGUGUGUGUGUCCACCAGGCCUUAGGCAGGGCACCAACGUCGAGGGCACUUACUCCUGUGCUCCAGGUGACACCAACACCACCUACACCAUGCUCUCUCCCAACGUCCUCUGCUCCGAUGUCUUCCCGCCAUCGGUGUCGUGUGCAACACCCAUCCCACCCUCCACUGUGCUCAAAGUGGCCAGCCCAGCGUCUCUCAUCCCCUGCUCCGUCUACUACACCACUCAGCAGGUCCCCACCUCGCACCCUCCCUGCCAAUACGCCAAUUUCUCGUCUUCCCAUAUCUGCCUCUCCACCCGUAUCCUUCUCUUGGACUGCAGCGCCAACGGCGGGCUGCUGCAGCCGGAGCAGGCGGUGUGUGUGGAGCGCAUAAAGAAGAAAGUGGGGCUCAUCCCGGUGUGCUCGCAGUACUACCUGGUGCAGAGCGCAGAGACAUGCGAGUCCAUCCGCAACGUGCCCUACCCCCCUCUAGACCCCGUUGACUUCUUCCGCCUCAACCCCGGCAUCAAGUGCAACCGCCUCAUUCCAAAGACCAAUGUUGACGGCUUCACUGGCUUUGAGGCAUGCAUUGCGAGCUCCACGUCGUUCAAGCAGGGCACGUGCCCACGUGCGAAUGCGUAUGUGGUGGGGACAGGCGACAGGUGCACGGCCAUUCAGGUGAAGUACUUCCGGGGCAUCAAGGGCUGCUACAGGAAAGUCAACGGAUACGACUGCAUCGACAAGCUCAUCAAAUCAACCCGCGUGUGCCUGCCAGACAAAGUCAAGCUUCAAAAAGGAGUGUGCGACAACUGA